UUUAGUCCUGUAUAUUUCUGUUGAUAUAUCUUUCAUGUUUGUACCUGUCCAAUUGUGCAUCCUAAACUGAAGUUUGUUUCUGGUUGUACAUGGAUAAGCAUUUAUCUUCACAAUGGGUUCGGUGGCUGUUUUGGACUAAAUAGUUCAUCUAUAGUGCUGAACAGACUGUCAACAAUGAGGAGUUUAGUUGGAACCCUAUAGUUGCAGGAUAGAAAAUGAUGGAAUAAACACAAAGUCUUUGGUCAGCCUGAUAUGGAACUCGAAUAUUAACCUCAAACUCGCUAUAAAAAGAAAACGUAUAAUUAUGGGAAACUGUGUACAUGGUUUUAUAUCUUGUAUGAAAUUCAACUCUGUUUCAAACGAUCAUAUUGAUACAACAUUACUAGACAUUGAUAGCAAAACCUCAAGCCUAGACCAUAGUUUAAAAGGAACAAAAACAGACAAUGGAAAUAAAGCUCCGAACACAAAGAAGACCAAAACUAAGCAAGUCGAUAGCCAAAAUAAAGGAGCAGUUUCUAAUGUUGAGAUCCCUGACUCACAAAACCCAGAACUUGUUACCUUUGAUGACAAGAACACACAAAUAACCGAAGUCGGUACCAAAUUGGUUCAAACUGUCAACCAGUACAACAUAAAAGUUGAGAUACACAAUCCAUCAGCAAAUGCCCUCAUUAUAGGAAACGACAAUAGGGUUAAUGUUACCAAGAAAGAAAUAGAUAGACAACCAAUAGUUGAGCAUAUCAAAGUGGAAAACAAGGACACCAAGUAUAUAAGAAAAAACAUGGAUGAAAUUUUAUUAUUGGGCCAGGAAAAUGACGAAACAAAAGACGCAUUCAAAUCUAGUGUUAUGAGGAAGGUUGCAGGAACCAUAUGCAAAGGUUCUGAAAGGCGUUGGAGAUCAAAAUCAGCUUCGUUUCUUCGGCUAAAGUCUUUUCGAGAUUUUUCCAAAGAACCCUCAUCCACAGUCCAUCCCAGAACUAUGCUACAAACAUUCCAAUGGAAUCAGUAUGAAAUGAUCCAAGAAACCCUAUUACGCACAGUUUCAUGUGAAAUUAUGAAAUGCGAAUCCGCAGAAACACUUGCUGUAAAAAUUGCAGAAAUUAAGGCUGAAUUUCAAAAUAUAGUUGAUAAAUUAAACGAGAAAUUAAGGAAAUCUGUUAUAAGAACAGGACAUGCAAACGAGCGUAUCAUAGCAGGUUUAAAUAAGAAAAGUAAAAUUUUAUUAAGUGAUGCAAACAAUAAGCUUUUACAAUGGGAGAAAGAUCGUAUUCUAGAUAUUCAUAUGAUACCGAUGAGUACAACGCAUGAAAUAGGAUCAGCUUCUGAUAGAGACAAAAUGACAAGUUUUGCAAAAGAAUUCAAAUGUUUAAUUUUAAGAAAGGUUUCCUGGUAUGUAUCAACCUUAUUGCCUUUAAAAAUACAACACUUUAUAAUAGUCUUCACGUUUGAAUGCCAAAAAUCAUUUGUAUUGAAACAGAUGAUGAUUGAUUUUGAUUCUAGUGACGUCAGCAGUAUAAUGAAAUAUAUUUUUAAUCCCAAUGAAUAUGCAAAAAACUGGCUUGUAUCAUUUACAGACAAGAUAGUUUUUUAUAAGAAAAGCCCGAAUAAGCUGCAUGUGUACGCAGAAAUUGCUAAAAUGGAAGUAGAAAAAGUCUUUGGUGAACUUAAGUUGGCAAUAACAUCAACAAAUCAUAGAAAAGGUGAAAUAAACAAUUUAUCCGACUGGGCAAAAUGUUUUUUGCAAAAUUUAAAAUCAAUGCCACUUUCGUCGAAAGACCUUGGGGACUUUCAGUCCCUAAGUAAUGUGUCUGUCAAAGAAUUUAUUGACCUGUUUAGUUCAAAUUUAGAUAGCAUGAAAAGGGAAAUCAUAACAAACUUCAAGAAUACUACAAGUAAUAACGUACAAUGGACAGACAACCCGUAUAACAAGAUAAUAGAAUGUCUUUGGGGUUGUACUGAGUGUUGUCCAUUUUGUCAUGAGCCAUGUCAGUAUAGCGAUAUAGAACAUAUUACACAAAGAAAUAAACAUAUGUGUAUUCAACAUAGACCUCUGGUUGUUUACGGAUCUAUAAACGACGAUAGUAAUAUUAUCAUGUUGGAAAAUUGCAAUAGCCUUAUGAAAUCGCCAGAUAGAUAUUUUAAACUAACAAAUGAAGACGAUCCUCUGCAAUUUUCGAAUUAUGAUCAAGCCUUCAAUAGUUGGGAAAUCCUUCCUGUCGAAGCAGCUGAUGAAUGUAAAUAUUGGAAAUGGCUUAUGUGCAACAGGAAGGAUGAACUACAUCAGUUCUUUAGAGCUAAUGCAAAUAAUAUCCCUGAAGAGUGGAUUUAUAUUACUGAGGAAGAGGCGAUUCGUAGCUUAGAUGAGAUAUACAUAUGUAGUUGAAAUGUUAUCUUCAAUUUUGGUUGAAAAUUGUACGAAUGUGAAAAUGGAAGUAAAUCUUUAAGAACCUCCUAGGAUAAGUAAUUGUUGGGAAAUUUCAGACGCAAUCCGUUUCAAUUUGAUCUUUACAGAUGUAUGGUCAAUCGAAUUCAUUUUAACGAUUUUAUGUAAGGUAUUUGUGGACACACACAUAUCAUAUGCAAUGGCUCUUUUUUUCAAUUAUUUCUUUUUUAAACACCAACUGCAUACAUGAGACAGUACUUUGACCUACAAUGGUUUACUUUUACAAAUUGUGACUUGUCUCACUGACACUCAUACCACAUCUUAUUAUAUCUAUGAGGAAAAAAAACCUAUCCUUUCGAUUUCCCAAGAGAUAUCAAUGAUUGCAAUUGUCAUUUCAAUGUCUAUGGAUUUCGGUGUUAUGAACUUUUGAGUCUCGUUUAUGUCCAAUUUUCAAUCAUUCAAGAUUGUCACAACUGUAUUAAUUACCGAGUCCUCCAAUAAAAUACUUAUUUUCCAAUAAUAAAGCUUUUUUCAGAUUUUGAUGUUGAAUGUCCUGUAGGUAUUGCAUCAGUAGAUGAAUGGAGGAAGAAAUAGAGAACAAGUCUGUAGAUAGCUUUACAGUAACAGUUGAGACAUUUUGCACUUUUCAGAUCGUUACUGAAAGAAACGGUUGUCAUUAAAAUAAUAGUGCAUACGUUAUAGGAACAUUAUAUAUCUAUAUGUGUUUAUACAUAUUUUUACAUUAAUUUCAAAUCGUAAAAAUUUGAUUAAGAAAUACUAUACCUUGAUACAUCAUAUAUUUUCCUUUCCAUUUAUACCAAAUGUAUGUACAAGUAAAGAGGUUUAAACUUCUCACGGAAAACUGCUUUGGAUUAAUUUCAAGAGUUUUUUGUGUUAUUAAAUGCAUAAACGAAAUCAGAGUGCUUGCUUUUUUUUUUUGCGGAUAAAAGGGGGUAUAUUUUAGGGUUGUUUUGUAUGCAAAACUUACUUACAGAUUAUGACAACUGCAUUUACUGAAAAACUCGGUGCCAAUGAUAGCAAUUAAAUAAGACUCUUUAUAACCUGUGUUUUAUUUUACGCUUUUGACCACAAAUA